AUGGCCACCACAGACCCCUCCCUCCCCCCCGGCGCGCCCGUCGACCCCUCCCAAGCCCAAGGCGCCCAAAUCCCCCUCCUCGACUUCAACCUCCCCGCCUUCCCCCCCGAAGCCGCCGGCCUCAAAGCCCUCACGCUAACCAGCGACAUCAAACUCGACGACUACCAGUCGCUCCUCUCGCAGCCCUUCACCAUUCCCCCGCUGCCCUCCAGCAUCGAAAGCCUGACCCUCGAGCUCUUCAGUCUCGGGUACCCGGCUGGCUUCCUCGCGCAGCUGGCUGCUCGCCUCCCGCAGUUGAAAAGCGUGGUGGUUUAUAGCCAGCUUUUCUCGGGCAUUUCGGACGAGAGUCAGGCGGAUGCUGUUGAUUUCUUCAAAGGACUAAGGGAGUUGAGGGCGCUGCAUUUGCUUGAUGUCUUUGCUAAGGCGAAUUUCUUUCGUGCGGCGGGGCCAUGGUUGCGUUACAACACUUCUGAUGUGGAGGGGGAGGCGAGGCGGGGUUUGAUGUUUUUGGAAGUCAAUUACACUUAUCGCCAUGAGGAUGCGGACUUCUUGCAUCGGGUGCAGGCUACGGAGUUGCCGGAUCUCAUUGGGCCGGGACUGAUCAGCUGCUCGUUCAACAUUUCUCUUCCGGAUGCUGCGGACAAUGAGGACGAGCAGGAUCCGACUACGAUUCAGGGCGGUGGGGGCAAGGAGGGCAUCAUGGCUUUCAACAAGAGUAUUGCUCCCGACCCUGUAUCUGCCUUGACGAAGGAGGAGAUUUCGCCGCAGGGAUUACGAGCGUUGAAUCUGACCAUGUACACGCUCACGCUGGAGAAUCUGGAGGAAGUGAUGGAGAAGCAGAAGCAUUUGAUGGUGCUGAACGUCACGCUGGAAGUCUCACCUGGAGAGGAGUUCAAGAAGAAACUAAUCAAAGUGCUGGAGAAGUGCGAGAAUCUCGAGCAGGUGGAAGUCGUCGCCUUCCCUACGCUGGAAUUCUACAUGAACGUCCAAAAUCCCCGACACGGUGUGAUGGAAAAGACCUUCCCCACCACCGAUGAUUUGGAAGCGCUGUCCAGCAGGCUGCCGAAGUUGGCCGGGUUCAAAGCAAAUAUUCUGAAGACGACCAGUAUGGCGCUUGUUGAGCUCGAAAAGAAAGACGGAAAGUGGACGGGCGGUGUGUCGAAUGCGGGGAAUGUGAGGGCGCAUGAGUCGGCCGGCGUGAUUGCGACAUCCUCGGGUUGA